GGGCUAGAGCGGCCUCAAAGCCCUGAGAAGCGAGGAAAAGCGCUUCCUCUUGCUCUGCGUUGCAAAGGCGCUCACAAAGUGGGCCCGGCGUUUCCUCUCUGCCGACCACAGAGACGGCAAAGGGUCUUUUCUGGCUCCGCUUCGCAACCAUAGAGUCCGGGGGAGGACCAAAAAGUUGCCCCGUCUAGAAGAACCGGCGCGUCCGGCCUCCAUUGAGGCCCGCGGGAGAAGGACCCCGGAGGCUGCCGGCCGGCCUCCGCCGCCCAGGGUCGAUUGGGCGCUCUAGGUGGCCAACUCUAUGGUGCCGCGGCCUUAGAAACGUCUCCGCGUCGCGAGGUGGUGCGCAUGCGCCAGCAUCUUGAUGCAGGCCAGGCAACAGGCACUUGUGCAGUUCCAGCUUCUGCAUACACAUUCCCCCUCCAAAACCAGGCAGCAUGUAGACAUUGGGCAGGGCCAUAGUCUCAAGACGCCAGAGCUCUCGAGAUGGAGCCUCGGCCAGCUGGGACCACCGUUGAAGGGAGGAAGAAGUUCACCGUGAAGAUGCAGGAGGAGGAUGACAAUAUGGCACCGGCACGGCUGCUCUUCAAGCCCUCCAGCACUUCAAGCCCCUCCCCGGCUCCUGAGGCUCCAGUUCGGCCAGAUGCGGCCACCUAUGCAGACUAUGUCGUGGAGAAAGCGGGCACCUCCACAGCCAUCCAGGCAAAGCCAGCAGCAGCAACCAAACCCCACAGCUCCCUGGCCGUGCAGGGGAACCUGGAAGGCAAAGAGCCACCCCUGAAUCCUGCUCCAAAACUGGGGGCCAAGCUCAACUCCAUCGUUGUCAGUCCUCGGCAGCGGGGCAACCCCAUCCUGAAGUUUAUCCGCAACGUGCCCUGGGAGUUUGGCGAGAUUGUCCCCGACUAUGUCCUGGGCCAGAGCACCUGCGCCCUGUUCCUGAGCCUCCGCUACCACAACCUGAAGCCCAACUACAUCCACGAACGCCUUCAGAGCCUGGGCAAGACCUACCUGCUGCAGGUGCUCCUCAUUCAUGUCGAUGUGAAAGACCCUCACCAGGCCCUGAAGGAGCUGGCCAAGAUCUGUAUUCUGGCAGACUGUACCCUGGUCCUCGCGUGGAGCCCGGAGGAAGCAGGACGCUACCUCGAAACGUACAAGGCCUACGAACAGAAGCCGGCGGACCUGCUGAAGGAGAAGGUGGAGCAGAAUUACUUGUCCCGAGUGACUGACUGCCUGACCAGCAUCAAGUCAGUGAACAAGACGGACACGCUGAGCCUCCUCUCCACGUUUGGAUCCCUGGCCAGCCUAGGUGAAGCCUCCAGGGAAGAGCUCUCCCUCUGCCCAGGGAUCGGGCCCCAGAAGGCCAAGAGGCUGUAUGACGUUCUCCAUGAGCCGUUUCUCAAAGGCCCCAAAUGAGCAGAGGGCACCCUGACCAGACAAGGGAUCGUGCACUUUGGUGGGGGGGGAGCAGUGUUGGUUCCCCCUCUCUGCCUGAGCAGCCCCUCGCCAGCAAUGCCUUCUGGGAAAGCCAACAGGCUCAGCUCAAGCCAGCUCCUGGAAGGGGGAAGAGAAGCUGCCUUCUGCGGAGGUGAAAUUAACACAACAGACCUUGCAAUAAAAGGACCACAACUGGCAAAAUAAA